AUGAGUCAGAAACAUAUAUCCCAGUCGCUGCUCGAGAUUCAAGAGAUAGACCAGGCGAAUAACAUAGUUGCUACGUAUAUCAAGAGCCAACCAAGCGGGAAGGGAGAGCGGAUUGAUGUUGUGAUUCCUAAGAAUGUGAACAGCUAUGCUAAGAGUGUGCUCCAUGCGUUCUUGCCAGCAGGGUAUCCUCAUAGUGUGACAGGUGAUUAUCUUGAGUAUCAAUUUUAUGACUCAUUACAGGCAUUCUCAAGCUCUAUUGCUGGAAUGCUGUCUUCCAGAGCUGUUCUCGAAGGAAUUGGUGUCGGAGACUCUCACGCCUCACCUACUGCCGCUCUCCUCCUCUCUGUCCUACAGGAGAGCAUGGGCCGAAUAGCCACUAUCCUCUUCGCACACAGACUCGGUACUUCACUUGAGCCAGAAUGCAAGAUGUAUCGACUUGCGGCAGAUAUCUUCAACGACGCUGCUAUGAUUCUAGACUGUUUAUCGCCAGCUUUUCCAAAAGCUUCUAGAGUUGCUCUUUUGAGUCUAUCUAGUGUCCUUAGAUCGUUGUGUGGUGUUGCGGCAGGGAGUUCGAAGGCUUCGCUCAGUGCCCAUUUUGCUACCCAGGGGAAUUUGGGAGAGUUGAAUGCUAAAGACUCUAGUCAAGAAACCGUCAUAUCACUCCUGGGAAUGCUUGUUGGUAGCAUUGUCGUCUCACACAUAACGUCUAAAUUGGCAACCUGGAGCGCACUCAUCUUCCUCCUUUCCAUUCAUCUCGGUACAAAUUACCUCGCAGUAAGAGCAGUCUGUAUGCGAACGAUCAACCGCCAGCGGGCAAAUCUCAUUUUCUCUAUUGUCCUAGAGCAGAUAUCCACAGCAGAGUAUCAAGGGCCAGCAAAUUUGAAAACCAGCGAGUCUUGGUACCCAAUGCUGGAGGAGAUUAAUUGGCCAGUACCUGAGACUGUUAUGUUACAGGAAAGUGUUUUCGAACGAGAUGGCAUUCUGAGGUGGAACCGGGAGGUACUAGGCCAUUGCAAGCUUGGUGUUGACUUGGGUUCGAUUAUCAAGUGCUUCAGCCAAGUUACAGAUAUGAACUCUUCCCUCACUCAGCUCUUUGAGGUAUUCAAAUAUGAGAACUAUGUCAUCUGGUAUGACGAGCCUCAGAAAACCUUCUUGGUGGUGUUGGAAGAUGGCGCGGAAACAUGUGAUAUACUGUCUGCAUGGAUGUUUGCGUUAUGGUUUGCGAAGAAUGGGAAACCAGCUGGGAAACCGCUCCUGGAGGCAUUGAACGAUACUGCCACUUACAUUAGGAGGAUUCACAGAGAUAUCUUGAAAAAGCUGGGAGAGCUUGGCUGGGAUUUAAACACAGGUGCCAUGGAGACUAUGUCCGGAGUGAGGAUUAGGAGACCGGAGAAUCUGAGGAUACAGUAA